GAUAAGAAAAUAAAGAUAUGUAGCAAGAUUUUUGUCAUGUGCUUGCAUAAGUAUCAGAAAUCUAUGGCUUGCAAUCCUGUAUAAGCUAAGCAAAAGAUUUGAUGCUGUAACAUGAAGAUCGCAGCAUAUGAAGGUUACUUAAAAGAGCAAAAAUUUAUGAAUGAGCUUAGGUUUUACAAUUAAUACUCGAAUUCAGGGGUGUAAAAAAGAUUUAUACCGAGGAGAGGUGAACUCAUGGGUUAACCCAGAUCAGCUCCAUUCAACUCGUGAAUCGCCUUUAACUUCAAAUUAUUAUUAACUUUUUUUUUAUGGUAAGGAGAAGGUCCAUUCUAAAAGGGGGCAUUUGGGAUUGUAAGGAAAAUCCCUCCUAAAAUGUGUUUGGUGAGAUUCAACUCCUGGCCUCACGCCUAGAAGUCGGAGAACUAGCCUACUACUAUACUCUAGCCUCUUAUCUCAUCGCCUUUAACUCUAAUAAAUGACAUAUUUUGAACCUCAAUUGAGCAGUGUAUGACUUAUACCAUCCAUGAUGAUCCAUCAAGAGAAUUGACCAUCAACAUCUUAUAGUAAUGGAUGUUAAGAGUAAAUGGGUCAAAAUAAGUUUAUUUUUUUUUAACUUCUAUCUGUUAGGAGAACUAAGACUAAAGUCUAAAGAAAAUGUCUUAUAAGGUAGGUUGUUUUUCAAUUUGUCUAACAUGAAUCCGUUACAAAAACUAAUACUUGUAAACUCAAUAUAUAGGUAUUUCCUGACAAAUUUUCCUACCAAGUAUCGUUCCUCGAGUAUAUUUACGCAUAAUUUAUCUAUUUAUCUUAAAGGAAGGAUGGGAAGAAGUUGGUUAUACCUGGAAGACAAGCCAUUGUCACAUGUAGGCUACUGAUAAAGAAAGUUACCUGGAAGUGGACCUCCUUAAGUAGACAUGAAGGAACAUCAAAUUGACAUCUCCUUUUGAUUCUUCUUGUUUUUUUGUGUUUUGCUAACCUCAUUUUAAUUUCCAUUCGCUAAGUUUUUUUGUCUCCAAACUCCAAUUCUUUUGACAAAUUAUAAACCAUAUGUUUUGUCUAUGAAAUACUAACUUUAAAGUUAUCCUUUUUUCAAAAAAAAAACUCUAUUAAAGAGUGGUUUUAUUAUAUUCUCCUUUAAUUUGCUUGCUUCACCCUUGUUCACAAUGCUCUCCUUACAAGAGAAAGGAACAUACAACUCUACAAGCAACAACUUCUUGUUCUCUUCUUUUAUAAUAAUAAUCCCUUUUUCUUUCAUGAUCACAACAUCUCCUUGCUCGAUCCCUCGAUAGCUAGCUAGCUAUAGCGCGAUUCCAUGGAGGAUUGUAACAUGGUUAUCUCUGAUUGUAUCAUCAUAUCAUGUUGUUGUCAAUGCUUGCUUCUACAACUCCUAAUCUUCGUGUUUAUACAACUCCCUCGUCGUGUGGCUCGUAAGACUAAGGAGUAUGCAGAAAGGAAGCUAAGGAAGAGGAGGAAGAAGAAACAAGGUGAUCAUCAAGAAAUAAUGGUAGAUGAUCAUAAGCAAAAGGCGGUAUAUGGGGACGAGUUUGUAGGGUUAGAUGAUGAUGAUAAAAGUGGAAAGUCAAUGUCUUUGAGAAUUCUUGAGUUAGAAAGUAUGGCAAUGAAUGAGUUGCAUAAUUGGGGGAGUUGUAAUGAAGAAGUUGAUAAGGUGUUAGGGGAGUUGGCUUUAAAGGGAGAAUUUGGAUUUGGUAGUUUUUGGGGAAGAAAUUCUGAAAUUCAAACAAGAAAAAGUAGUAAUUGUUAUUGUAAAUGUAAUAGGAGAUUGACAAAAGAAGAUGAAUUAGAUUUUGGUAGUCACGUUGUAAAGUUUCAUUUGAUUGAAGUAAUUGAAUCUUUUGAUUAACAACCUAUAAUUGUUAUUUUUAAUGAUUAUUAAUUAUA